AUGGAAAAUAGGGAAAAUGAAGCAUCAAAUCAGCCUGUUCCUAUAGAUCCUGUUCUUGUUGAUAUUACAAAUAAAGUUUCAUUACAAGAGGGAUUACAAAACCAUGAAAUAUUAAGAGAAGCUGCUCGACGAGACCUUGAAAAUUAUACUGAGAAAAUGGUUAAACAAAUGAAUAAAGGAAGGAAAAGGUCAAACAACUACGAAAUUGGAGAGUUUAGAUCUCAAUUUGAAAUCAUUAAUAUCUUCUAUUCACCAGGAGAAAUUGAUCCCCUUGGUGUUAACCAAUAUCCAGAACUUGAAACAAUACCUACAAAUACUAUUACUAUCAGAGAGGCUGCACGUCUUCAAACUGGUAUAUGGUAUUUACUUGAGAAAAGUGAAUAA